AAUUACCGGCCGGUCAUCAAGAGUGGGGGAAAUACGAUCAUCGGCACCCGUGAGUCUGGAGGGGCCAAGAGGGGUCGCUACAAACCACGAAGAGACGAGAGGAGGGGCAAGAGAGAAGUGUGGCCGGCGUUCAGCGCAUAUAGGUAGUCGUGAGAAGAGUCAGUCGGUGACGGGUAGUGUCUUUAGUGGCGUGGUGAACGAUUGAAUUGAGCCGCUUGUGUUAAAAAAUGAGCUGGCAGGAUUACGUUGACAAGCAGCUGCUCGCGUCUCGAUGUGUUACCAAAGCUGCGAUUGCAGGACACGAUGGCAAUCUUUGGGCAAAGUCUGAAGGCUUCGAAGUAAGUAAAGAGGAGUUGACGAAAUUGGUCCAGGGAUUUGAAGAACAGGAUAUUUUGACGUCGUCGGGUGUCACCUUGGCCGGCAACAGGUACAUUUACCUGUCAGGUACGGAUCGAGUGAUAAGGGCAAAACUUGGAAAAGUCGGCGUCCACUGCAUGAAGACGACGCAAGCAGUAGUUGUCUCUCUUUACGAAGAUCCUAUACAACCACAGCAAGCCGCAUCGGUCGUUGAAAAACUCGGGGACUACCUUGUGUCCUGCGGCUAUUAGGUUAGUACAUACUAACCUCUGGGACCCAACAUAAAUAUCUAAUAUUAAUAUUAAACGAUCGAUUAUUUUAAUGAACAGCGAAUGGAAUGCGUCAUGCCGCACGAGUCGCGCCGGAACUGCCGCAAGCUUGCCGCGCGACAUUCGAUGAAAAGCAACAACUACAUCAGCAACAACACCAGCAACACAGCUAUCAUAUUCCAGUCGUCGUUCUCUCCUCUUCGAUUCGGCUGGUCGACGUUCGAGGAACAAACGCAAGCGCUCAUAUAUAUGCGCAAUAAUUUUUGAAAAAACUCAUAGGCAUUUACUUGGAAAAUGAUCGCGCAAAUUGUAAUCGAUGAGGUGCGGUCUUUUCAUUGUUUUUGUUUCGACAGUAGCACUUAUGUUUUGAAUUUUUAUUCCAAUGUGUAUUUACAAUCGAGAUGUCAAUACUAACGACAGAAUUCCAAAAACUUUGAUGAAGAGAAAGAAAAAAAUGCUUUUUUACAAUUGAAUAAAAAGAAAGAAUAAAAAAAGAAAUGAAAAAAAUAUAAACCGAAAGUACAUGCAGUUUUACAUUUAUAUACUCCAUAUAAACAAUAAAUAUUUACUUAAAAGGUGAUAGUGACCGGGAAUAAAUCAAAUAAACAAUCUUUCAUUUGCGAACGAUCGUGUGUCGAUUCGUCGAUGGAGAGAAAAAAUACACGAGAAGCAUGCAUUAAAUAUAAGAAAUAAUGAUAAUAAAUAAUAGUAAACUAUUGCGUGUUAGAUUUACAGUCUUUGUAGAGAAUGAAAGGAUGUUAGAAAUGGAGAGAAAGAGUGAGCGAAAUAUGAAAAGAAUGAAAGGAUAAAAAAAGAGAGUGAACGAAAGCGAGAAAGUAUGUUAAAGAAAGUUUAAAGGGAUAGAAACUGAAAAUGGAAAGGGCGUGAAAGAAAAAAAUGAAUGAUCGAGUAAGAAAGAAAAGAGUGUGAAUGAGAAUAAUAAAGGAAAAAGGGAGGUAGCAUGAAAGGAUUGAUUUUAAGGAUUGAACGGCAAGAAUCGUGAAACAAACAAGAAGCGGUUGUCUUAAGGUAUGUUGGAGAGCGCAAUAGAGAUACAAUAUCGAUGAUAAAGAACAAGAAAAAGAAAUAUGUAAAAGCGACUACGUCGAUAAGAUAGUGACGGUAAGGAGAACGGUGCGGACGGUGCAGGCAAACGUGCGGCAGAGGGUGAAAAGGCGUGGAUUGAUACAAUCCUGGCCGCCUCCCUCUCCCAGAUCGAUACAACCCUUUUAACUAUUUACUCUCUUUAAUAUUGCUAUGUGUAAGAAGAAUAAAACAAACUGACAAGAGACGUGUCAUUUAUCGAGAAAGAAAUAGAGAGGAACGGGGAUGAGAACUGGAACGAGAGUCGAAGAUAUACACCAAGAUAAUAUAAAUAUAUAAAUAUGACAUUCGAGCGCGCGUGGCAUGCAUACAAAACACAAAA